AUGCAUCGGCUCAACACUCACUGCCGCUGCAAUAACUCCUCUCCCCCCCCAUCGAUCCCAACAUCCAUCCAUCCGCCGUUCCCCUUUCUUCCUCCCGUCCUCCCUCCCAUGGCGUCUUCUUCUUCUAGCUCCUCGCAGAGAUCUCCAAAUCGCUCGCCGUCCUGAUCCUACCACACGGCCCCUGCAAAACUUUUCUGCAUGCGAUAUCGCCGCUCGGCCGCAUGCAGGAAGGAAGCUUAGCUGCAGCGAGCUAGCUACAUAUAGCCAAACAGACAGAGAUCGAGAGAUUUAUUUGUCAGAGAUAUUUAGCUCCUCUUCUUUCUUAGAUCUCCCGGCCGAUCUGCCGCUUCUUGCAGAGCUCUUGGCUUGGCUGUAACUGCUUGCCCUAGAUCUGCUGUUACGUGCCGUGCACGCUAGCCAGCAGCUGCUUAAUUUUGGACUUGCAGUCUGAUGGGCGAGCUAGGUAGCUAAGAGGUCAAAAAACAAGGUAGGGUUUGGGAGCUAGGAAAACAGAAGUUGGCGACGGCGGUCGUCGUCCAUGACGCCGGCUAGGCGUCUGCCGCCGAUGAUCGGCCGGAACGGCGUCGCGUACGGGUCGCCGUCCGCGCUUUCUCUCAGCCAGGCCGACUUGCUGGACAGCCACCAUCUGCAACAGGCGCUGAUCCAGCAGCAGCUCUAUGAACAGAUCCCGGCAACCAUGUCGACGCCGGGUGCCGUCGUCAACCACAUGCAUAAUCUCCACGGCAUGCCGGCGCCAGACGAGCUCGAAAGCAAGUCGUGCAGCGAGAACAACGGCGCCGACGCCGAUGCCGACGGAACCGGCGGCGGCGGUGGCUCAGGCGGCGAGGAGGGGGAAGGCGAAGAGCAGGACCCCAACCAGCGGCCCCGCAAGAAGAAGCGGUACCACCGCCACACCCAGCACCAGAUCCAGGAGCUCGAAGCGUUCUUCAAGGAGUGCCCUCAUCCGGACGACAAGCAGCGCAAGGAGCUGAGCCGGGAGCUGGGGCUGGAGCCGCUGCAGGUCAAGUUCUGGUUCCAGAACAAGCGCACCCAGAUGAAGAACCAGCACGAGAAGCAGGAGAACUCGCAGCUGCGGGCGGAGAACGACAAGCUGCGGGCGGAGAACAUGCGGUACAAGGAAGCCCUGAGCAGCGCCUCCUGCCCCAGCUGCGGCGGUCCCGCCGCCCUCGGCGAGAUGUCCUUCGACGAGCACCACCUCCGCGUCGACAACGCGCGCCUCCGCGACGAGAUCGACCGGAUCUCCGCCAUCGCCGCCAAGCACGUCGCCGCCACGGGAAAGCCCAUGCCUUUCCCCAUGCCCAUGGCCGGCCUCUCCUCCUCGGCCGCCUCCUUCCACGGCCUCUCCCCCGCCGUCGCCGCCCGCUCCCCGCUCGACCUCGUCGGCGCCUACGGCGGCGGCGGAGACAUGUUCGGCGGCGGCGCCGGGGCAGGUGAUCUGAUGAGGAGCCAUGGGCUUGGGGAUGUUGAUAAGCCGCUGAUUGUGGAGCUGGCUGUGGCCGCCAUGGACGAGCUGCUCCAGAUGGCGCGGGUGGAUGAGCCGCUGUGGAGCAGUAGUGCUACGGGGGAGGCGGCGCUGGAGGAGGAAGAGUAUGGCCGGGUGUAUGGGGCCAGGGGCCUUGGGCCGAGGCAGUAUGGGCUCAAGCCCGAGGCCUCCCGCGGCGCCAACGUCGUCAUCAUGACCCACGCCAGCCUCGUCGAGAUCCUCAUGGACGUGAAUCAAUUUGCGACGGUGUUCUCGAGCAUCGUGUCGCGGGCAUCGACGCACGAGGUGCUGUCCACCGGCGUCGCCGGGAACUACGACGGCGCACUGCAAGUGAUGUCGAUGGAGUUCCAGGUGCCGUCGCCGCUGGUGCCAACGCGGGAGAGCUACUUCGUGAGGUACUGCAAGCACAACCCCGAGGGGUCAUGGGCCGUCGUCGACGUCUCGCUGGACAGCCUCCGCCCGAGCCCCGCCGUGAAAUGCCGGCGCCGGCCCUCCGGCUGCCUCAUCCAGGAACUUCCCAACGGCUACUCAAAGGUGACCUGGGUGGAGCAUGUGGAGGUUGACGACAGGUCAGUGCACGACAUCUACAAGCCAUUGGUGAACUCCGGACUCGCCUUCGGCGCCAAGCGGUGGGUCGGCACUCUGGGCCGGCAGUGCGAGCGCCUCGCCAGCGCCAUGGCCAGCAGCAUCCCCAACGGCGACCUCGGUGUGAUCACGAGCGUGGAGGGGAGGAAGAGCAUGCUGAAGCUGGCGGAGCGGAUGGUGGCGAGCUUCUGCGGCGGGGUAACAGCAUCAGUGGCGCACCAGUGGACGACGCUCUCCGGCAGCGGCGCCGAGGAUGUCCGCGUCAUGACGAGAAAGAGCGUCGACGACCCCGGCAGGCCCCCGGGGAUCGUCCUCAACGCCGCCACCUCCUUCUGGCUCCCCGUCUCUCCCAACACCGUCUUCGACUUCCUCCGCGACGAGACCUCCCGCAGCGAGUGGGACAUUCUGUCCAACGGCGGGAUCGUCCAGGAAAUGGCCCACAUCGCCAACGGCCGCGACCACGGCAACUGCGUCUCGCUCCUCCGUGUCAAUAGUGCAAACUCGAACCAGAGCAACAUGCUGAUCCUGCAGGAGAGCUGCACGGACGAGUCGGGGUCCUCCUACGUGGUGUACGCCCCGGUGGACAUCGUGGCCAUGAACGUCGUGCUCAACGGUGGCGACCCCGACUACGUCGCGCUGCUGCCGUCGGGGUUCGCCAUCUUGCCCGACGGGCCCUCGGCGCCUCUGUCGGGGAUUAAUGAAGAAGGCGGCGUCGCGGCGGGGAAGGGCGGGUCACUACUGACGGUCGCGUUCCAGAUACUGGUGGACUCAGUGCCGACGGCCAAGCUCUCGCUGGGCUCCGUCGCCACUGUCAAUAGCCUCAUUGCGUGCACCGUCGAGCGCAUCAAGGCCGCCGUCUGCCGGGGCGGCAGCAGCAAUCCGCAGUAGCAGCCCUCAGUUCAGAAUUCAGAUCAUGUGCUUGCAAGGAUGUUGAGUUUUUUGCACGAAUGUUGAAGCGCCUUGUUGAUGUUUGUCUUGCCCUGUGCAGGAGCAGCAAGAUUUUGGAGAAUCUCAUCAACGAGGAGUCAAGAACGCACCUCAUGCUCUGCUUGCCAAGUGGUGCGCAUACCUCACAAGUCGCGAGAAAAAUCGCCGCGACGAAACAAGGCGUCACCACUAUGCAAGGGGGGAUGGUUCGGCAUUGACUUCCUUCCACCUUCAGUUUCAUGUAAAAGGCUGCUGUUAAUCAACCAUGUUGUGUCCUCAAAUCUGUUUGUUAGGACUGUGCUAUUUAUUUAUUUUUCCAGUUCAAGGGGGUAUAAAUUAAGCCUCUCGUCUCAAAUUUGAGCUGUACUUUGUGGUAUGUUGUGUACUCCUGUUGUUUGGACUUCAGGUGCCAGCCUAGCUAGCUGGUAGUCGUUUGAGAGUAGAAAUCUGGCGCCUCUUUUUUGGAUUCGUAAGUGUUGAUUUAUAAUUUAUGUUUCAGAUGUCAGCUCUGCUUGCUGCAA